UUCUUCGAGGCCAGGACUGGGUGAUGGUGUCAUUACUUCCGCCACAGUCUGACGUCACACUGCCAGGCCACACCCGAUUGGAGGGCGACCCCCAAGGGGACCUCAUGCAGGCUCCGGGCCUCCCAGGCUCCCCUGCCCCACAGAGCAAGCAUACAGGCUUCAACUGCUCAUCAUUUGUGCCAGAUGGUCCUCCAGAGAGAGCCCCUUCGCUGCCUCCACACAGCCCAAGCAUCGCGUCACCAGGUCCUGAACAAGUCCAGGGACACUGCCCAGCCGGACCUGGCUCAGGCCCCUUUCGGCUCUCACCCUCUGACAAGUUUUCUGGCUUCGGCUUUGAGGAGGGUCCAGGAAGCAGCCCUGGACGCUUCCUCAAGGGCAACCACGUGCCUUUCCACCCCUACAAGCGGCAUUUCCAUGAGGACAUCUUCUCUGAUGCCCAGACAGCUCUGGCCCUGGAUGGACACUCCUUUAAGGCCUCUGGGGCACUGGAGCCUUUUGAGGACAUCCCUGUGGACAUGGGUGAGGCAGAGGCCUUCCUGCCUGGCUUCCCAGCGGAGGCCUGGUGCAACGGUCUCUCUUACCCCAGCCAGGAGCACAGCCAGGUGCUGCAGGGGUCAGAGGUCAAGGUCAAGCCCCCAGCUCUGGAGAAUGGUGCUGGGAUGUACUGCUACCAGCCUCCCUUGCAGCACAUGUACUGCCCCUCCCAGCCUCCCUUCCACCAGUACUCGCCUGGCGGUGGCAGCUACCCUGUACCCUAUCUGGGUUCUGCUCACUAUCCAUACCAGAGGAUUUCACCCCAGGCCAGCGCUGAUGGCCACCAGCCGCUUUUCCCCAAACCCAUCUACUCCUACAGCAUCCUCAUCUUCAUGGCCCUUAAGAACAGUAAAACCGGAAGCCUUCCAGUUAGUGAGAUCUACAACUUCAUGACGGAACACUUCCCUUACUUUAAGACAGCACCUGAUGGCUGGAAGAAUUCUGUCCGCCACAAUCUAUCACUCAACAAGUGCUUUGAGAAGGUGGAGAACAAGUCGGGAAGUUCAUCGCGCAAGGGCUGCCUGUGGGCCCUCAAUCCUGCCAAGAUUGACAAGAUGCAGGAGGAGCUGCAGAAAUGGAAGAGGAAAGACCCCAUUGCUGUGCGAAAAAGCAUGGCCAAGCCAGAAGAGCUGGACAGCCUCAUUGGAGACAAGAGGGAGAAGCUAGCCUCCCCGAUGCUGGGCUGUCCACCCCCUGGGCUGCCAGGCCCAGGGCCCAUCCGGCCACUGGCACCUCCAGCUGGGCUCUCCCAACCACUGCAUUCAAUCCAUUCAGUUCCAGGCCCCAUUCCUGGCAAGAACCCCCUACAGGACAUUUUAGGGGGGCAUGUACCCUCCUGCUACGGGCAGACAUACCCACACCUCUCACCAGGCCUGGCCCCUGCUGGACCUCCACCGCCAUUGUUCUCGCAGCCAGAUGGGCACCUUGAGCUGCGAGUCCAGCCGGGCACCCCCCAGGACUCACCUCUGCCUGCCCACACCCCUCCCAGCCACAGCACCAAGCUGCUGGCUGAACCUUCGCCAGCCAGGACCGUGCAUGACACCCUACUGCCAGAUGGAGACCUUGGUACUGACCUGGAUGCCAUCAACCCUUCUCUCACUGACUUUGACUUCCAGGGAAACCUGUGGGAACAGUUGAAGGACGACAGCCUGGCCCUCGAUCCCCUGGUACUGGUGACCUCAUCCCCGACGUCUUCCUCUCUGCCACCACCCCUGCCACCCUCCCAUUGCUUUCCCCCAGGGCCCUGUCUACCAGAGACAAGCGGUGGAGCAAAUGAAUUGGCACCAUCAGGCAGUGAGGGAUCCGGGGCCCUAGGAGAUCUACACCUCAGCACCCUCUACUCAGCCUAUGUGGAGCUGGAGCCUACGCCCCCCACGGCCCCUGCCGGCCCUGCUGUGUACCUCAGCCCCAGCUCUAAGCCCAUGGCCCUGGCAUGA